AUGAAUAUUCCAUGGAAAUUAUCAACAGCUCGAAAAUUUAGUAGAUUAUUUUCAUCAAAGGUGGAAAUUCCUUAUUUUUUUAAAAAUGAUUCAGGAGUUUUAAUAAAAGAGCAAAAAACAUUUCCUUGUGAAAUUGGGAAUAAGGAGAGUGAGAAAGAAAGUGGAUAUACACUAAUAAAUAAUAUUCAUUAUAUGAAAGAAUUUGAUUUUUAUGAUAGACUUAUAAAAAUAUAUGUGGAUGUUCUUUUAAACUAUUCAAAAUACCCAUUGCAUGUUCAGCAUUUGCAUAUUUUUGGUCGAAAUCUUUUAAAAGAAAAAGUUGAUAAUAUUAAAAAAAGUAUAGAACAUAAAAAUGUGGUAUUGGGGACAGAAGAAGAUAAUACAAAUGAUUUAAAUGAAUAUCUCUCAGAAUUAAAUAAUACAUUAUUUUAUAAUAAUAGAGAAGAAAAAAAAAUAUAUACAAAUUGUCAAAUUGAUAAUAUUAUUACAAAAGUAAAAGAAUUUUAUAAUUAUAAAAAUGUUAUAUAUGCUUUAUUUAAUUUAGAGCAUAAUAAAAUAAUUUUUAAUUAUACAGAGAAAUUAUUAAUAAAAGAUUUACAACAUUGUUUUGUUAAUUCAAAUAUAAAUAAUAAUAGAAAAAUAUAUAAAUAUAUAAAUAAGAAUGGAAAGGAUAAUGUCUAUAUUUAUAUAUUAGAAUUUUCAAAAAAUUUAAAUAUUUUAAAAAAUCGAUUUGAGCUUAUUAAAAAGUUGUUUUAUUCGUAUAAUACCUCAGAAAAUAAUAUGACAUACAAUAAAAAUGUUUGA